AAGAAAGAAAAACCCUCUUUUCCCGUUCCCACCCAAAAGCUCAAAAAAGCCAGAAACUUGCUUCUCCCUUUUGCUCCUUCUGCUCAGGCCUCCGUCGUCGUCGUCGUCGAGAUGAGGGAACAACAACUUGAGAAGCUGCGGGGACUGGUGCGCGACUGCCUCAGCAAGCACUUGUACUCUUCCGCCAUCUUCUUUGCUGACAAGGUCGCUGCUUUGACUAAUGAUCCUGCCGACAUCUACAUGCAAGCCCAAGCCCUCUUCCUUGGCCGCCAUUUCCGCCGCGCUUUCCAUCUUCUCAACGCCUCCAAAAUCGUCCUCCGUGACCUCCGAUUCCGCUACCUCGCUGCCAAAUGUCUCGAGGAGCUGAAAGAGUGGGAUCAAUGUCUAUUGAUGCUUGGGGGUGCUAAGGUUGAUGAAGAUGGGAAUGUGUAUGACAUGAAGGAUCCGUCUGCCAUGUACUUGGAUAAAGAUGGGGAAGACCGUGAGAUCAAUGCAAGUCCAUUUCCUCCCCCUUCCAUAUCUUCAGCAAUAUGUUUUCUAAGAGGGAAGGCAUAUAAUGCCUUGGAAAAUCAUGCCCAGGCUCGGCUAUGGUACAAAGCAGCUGUUAAGGCUGAUCCUCUGUGCUAUGAGUGCAACAAAGAAAGCAUUGUAGAAGACAAAUUCCAAGAACUUGAAAAAGAAAGCUGCAACAAUAAUCCUUCCAGUCCAUAUUUUAUGCGCACACUGAAAAAUGAUUCUGAUCUUUUGGCCUGCAAAGCUGAAUAUUAUCAUCAAUCUGGUGAAUUCCAGAAAUGCUUUGAACUAACAUCAUCAUUGCUUGAGAAAGACCCAUUCCAUUAUAAAAGCACCUUGGUCCAUUUGGCUGCCGCUGUGGAACUUGGAAACUCAAAUGAGCUUUAUGUCAUGUCAUGCAAUUUGGUGAAGGAUGACCCUCAAAGACUCAUCUUUUUUAGGGCUCUUUCAUGGUUUGCUGUUGGUUGCUACUACUAUUGUAUCAAGAAGUAUGAACAGUCGCGAAGGUAUUUCAGCAAAGCAACUAGCCUGGAUGGAAUCUUUGCACCUGCUUGGAUAGGCUACGGGAAUGCUUAUGCUGCUAAAAAUGAGGGAGAUCAUGCAAUGUCGGCUUACCGUACAGCAGCCCGUUUAUUUCCAGGGUGUCAUCUACCAACACUGUACAUUGGGAUGGAGUACAUGCGGACUCACAGCUAUAAGCUUGCUGAGCAGGCAAAGGAAAUAUGCCCUUCUGAUCCUUUAGUAUAUAAUGAACUUGGAGUUGUCGCUUAUAGCAUGAAGGAGUAUAACAAAGCUGUGUUUUGGUUUGAGAAGACUUUGACUCAUAUUCCAGCUUUGAGUCAACAGUGGGAGCCUACUGUCGUGAAUCUUGCCCACGCCUACAGAAAGCUCAAGAUGUACCCAGAUGCAACUUCAUAUUAUGAGAGAGCUCUUGCGUUAUCAACCACAAGUUUAAGUACUUAUUCAGGACUUGCAUACACCUACCAUCUCCAGGAUAAUUUCACAGCUGCAAUUACAUAUUAUCACAAGGCACUGUCGCUGAAACCGGACGAUCAAUUCUGCGCAGAGAUGUUGAGCUCGGCACUCGAGGAUGAAGCUCAUUAUGAUAUAGACCCCAAGUUCCAGUCCCGCCUGAAUGAGAUUAACUGGUGCGAUUCCACAAGCUCUUCUGGGAUUGGAAAAGUUGGAGUCUUUAAGUUUGCGGGGAAUUUUCUGUCAGGGGAGAUUCCAGUUGGAAUUGGGAACGUGUCCAAACUCGACAGCAUUUCUCUAAGCGACAAUCGACUGACCGGCGGGAUACCUCUUUCGAUCCAGAACUUGACCAAGCUAUACACGCUCACCCUCGACAACAAUCUCAGGUUGAAAAAUGUAGAUGCUUUGGUUCCCAAAUCAAAGCUGGGAGAGCUGUCACUGGCUUCUUGCAGCAUUUCAGGACGAGUCCCGGGUUGGCUACGAAACCAGACUGCAAUUUCUUACUUGGACUUGAGCAGGAAUCGAAUCACCGGAGGGUUCCCAAAGUGGCUGGCUAAAAUGGGAAUCAUUGAUCUUGUUGUUUCCGAAAACUUGCUUGAAGGUACUCUGCCUCUGGAAUUGUUCUUGGAACGAGGGUUAGAAGGGUCAAGCCAAGGAAUCCUCGACCUGUCAAAAGAACAAGUUCUGUGGGAAUUUCCCAGACAGCGAUCGAUGUGA